CUGGGACAAUGUGCCGGGCUCCUGUCAGCUCCUGAUGGCCUGAUGGUCUCUCAAUAGCAGGCAGGUAACGCCGACAAGAGACUUUUCCCAUCACUGGAUCUGUGUUUGACCUGGAGAUGGACAGGCAGGGAUCAGCAGAGAAGCAGACAGACACUAACAGGACAACCAGCACCCCCACCCCAUCAUCAGCAGCCAUCACCAUGGCAACAGUCAGCUCCUGCAGCACCACGUGCACCCAGGCGCCGUCUACUUCCCUCAGCAUCAUCUCACCCGACAGACAGGCGGUCCAGGUGAUCCAGCAGGCCAUCCACAGACCUCAGAGCAUGGCGGCUCAAUACCUGCAGCAGAUGUACGCAGCGCAGCAGCAGCACCUCAUGCUGCAGACCGCCGCGCUGCAGCAGCACAGCCCCCACCUGCAGAGCCUGGCCACCAUACAGCAGGCUUCAGUAUGUCAGAGGCAGCCGUCGUCUUCAUCCAGUGGCAGUUUGGUCCAUCAGCCUGUGGGUGUUUCCCAAAACUCAAUUACUCUACCAUCAUCUCCAGUGACAGCCCAGCUGAUUGGACGAACCCAAACAUCCACUGGUGCUGCGACCACCAUUUCCCAGCAGGCCAUGCUCUUGGGGAACCGACCGGCCAACUGUAACCAAGCUCAGAUGUACCUUCGCACUCAGAUGCUUAUUCUAACCCCAGCAGCCACGGUGGCUGCAGUUCAAUCAGACCUCCCUGCUGUCACCUCCUGCUCCGCUUUACCUCCCUCCUCUCAGGUGCAGAAUCUGGCUCUGCGUGCCCACUUGCCCGGAGCGCUGGCCACAGCUCACAGUGUCAUUUUAAAACCAUCCGCCCCAUCACAAGCCCUGAAUCUAAACACCUCUUUAUCCAAGACGUCGAUCUGCGGGCUGAAACACCACCAGCUGACUGACACCCCCACAGAAACAUCGGGACCCCACGUCAUAACCCCAGCCUUCUCUCCGGUGCAGACCCACGCUCUGGUCAAACAGCAGCUGUCCUGUCCCUCCGGCCAGCGGGGGUCUCACCACCAGCUCGUCCUCCAUCAGACUGCAGGAGGGGCUCCACACCACCGGCAGCUCCAGCCCAUCGCCCUCAGAGUAGCGCCUCAAGAAACCAAGUCCAACCUUCUUCCUCUUUCAAUUAAAAGACUCACAGCUCCCUGCACCCAUUCACACACCAACCACAACCCUCAAGCCCCCUCCUCUUCUCAGUCUUUUGCACCUUCAGUCCCAGCAGCCACCGUCCAGCCUCAGCCUCCUCCUCUUCUGGCCGCUCCACACCGUCGGACUUCCUUCCCACAGAACCAGCCCCCACCUCCCCCUCCUCCUCUGGUCCUGCCCAGGUUGCCCCAGAACCCCCCGGCCUCCCUCCAGAGGCGACCCCUGCACUCGCUCCAGGCUCUGGCUCUCCAGUCGGGUCAUGUGCUGCUGACGGAGCAGGAGCUGCCUGUAGCGGAGGCUCUGCUCCAGAUGAACUACCAGAACCUCCCCCCCCCUCAAACAGUGGCUGUCAAUCUGAAAGUGCAUCGAGUCAGACACAAUGAAACACCAUCGUCGGGACAAACGUGCAAAGUGAAUGGAUCGAGCUCAGAGGCGAGGAGAGGUGAAUCUUCUCCUGGUGCUCAGCGAGACAGGACUCCUCUCAAUGGGCCGUUUAAGCAGAAUGGUGCAGCAGUGAUGGGUUCAUCCUCCAUCACACCCAGCCGCUCAGUGAUCAGGUCUCCGGUGGUGGAAGAGUCCUCACAGCUCACCACCAGCAACCCUCCUCCCCCGUCUCCCCCUCUGCCUCCUCCAGUCCUGCCAGCAGCGGUCAGAGGUCCCAGCCAGCCCCCCUCCUCCCCAACCAGCGCAUCCAUGAGCCCCGACAGGAUACACACAACCCACGUCCUCACACACCUCAUAGAGGGCUUUGUCAUCAGAGAGGGCCUGGAGCCGUUCCCGGUGAUCUCGUCCUCGAUGUUGGCAGAGCAGCAGGCUUCCCUUCCUGAAUCUCAGGAGAGACAAACUAACGGGGACUUGGCGGCAGAGGACAGCCCGCUGGACGCUGACCAGUCGGAUUCAACAGACUCCGAGAUGGAGGAGGACGACCCUGCAGCAGACGUUGCAGAGCGGGGGGGGAGUGCGGCAGCCAUGCUGCAGUGUGAGUUCUGCGGCGGUCGAGGUCACGCUCACACCUUCCUGCGCUCCAAACGCUUCUGCUCCAUGACGUGUGUCAGGAGGUUCAGUGUGAGCUGCACAAAGCGUGUCACGGUGCAGAGAGUCGGGCGCUGGGGCCACAGGCCCACAGGCCGGAGGGGACGCCCCCCCGGCAGCAGAGUGAACGGAGCCUCCAGAGAACACUUCCUGAGACAGGCUCGUAGGUCGUUUGAGGAGACCCGACAAAGCUCUCUGAGAGACGAGGAAGAGGAGGAAGAGGAGGAAGAGGAGGAGGAGGAUGAGGAUGAGCCUCCCAUUCCCAUGACAACCAGGCUCAGAAAACAGACUGAGAGACAGCGAGAGAGGGAGAGAGAGAAAGGGAGAGGGGAGGAUGAGAGAGGGGAAGAGAGAGGGGAGGAGAGAGGGGAGGGGAGAGGGGAGGAGAGAGGGGAGGAGAUAGGGGAUGAGAGGACGGCAGAAACCAUCAGUGUCUCUGAAGAAGAAGACGUCGGCUCUGCGUCUCAUUGGAACGUCCAACAAGUGUUUUCUUUCAUCAACUCCCUGCCAGGGGGUCAGGAUGUAGCCGAGGAGUUUCGCUCUCAGGAGAUCGAUGGCCAGGCUCUGCUGCUGCUGACCGAGGAGCACCUGCUGAGCACCAUGAACCUCAAACUGGGACCUGCACUCAAACUGUGCGCACACAUCAACUCUCUAAAGGAGGCAUAAACAUGUUUUCUGAUCAGGAGCAGGAGGACGUAAACACACAUCAACAAGGAGGCUCUUUCCAUUUUGUAGUCUAACACAGAGACAGUUAGAACAGACUGUAUGGAGACUCUCCUGAGACCACUGCCAAGGACUCCUCUCCUGAGAGAAGUCCACACACUGAACCAGCUGAUACUCACACAGAGAUGAGCAGUUCUUUCCAUCUUCCAUUUCAACAGUAGUGAUUGUAGGUGAUUAUCCCUGGUUAUCCAUUUGUUUCAAAAUGGUCAUUAAAAAUCUAUUUGUAAAACAAGGAAACAACUUUACCGUAAGUUAUUAUUAUUAAGAAUGCUGUACAGUGUCAAAGUUUACAAAACAGAUUUACUAUCUAACAGAUUAGAUUUUUAUACACUUAUCAUGAGCAAACUAAUCAUGUUUGGAGCCAAACUGAUGAUAGGGUUAUUUAUUAUUGAUGUAUUAUUGUCAUAAUUAAUAUACAAAUAAAACCAUUAAUGUAUUAA